CGCAGGUUUAAACGGCAUGCUGAGAUUAAAGCAGUCAAUACGGCCGCCUUUGGCCCUUUUGUUUAUGCUACUGAGUUUUAAGCCAGGGAAUUGUGAUGAAUAUGCAAACUGCCGCGGUCCUCUAGGAAUGCAGUCUGGCGCCAUUCCAGACUCUGCCAUCACAGCAAGCUCUUCAUAUGAAGUGGAGACCGUAGGUGCCAAAUUUGCCAGAAUUCGUACAGAGGAGGGAGGGGGAGCAUGGUGCCCACGCCAUCAGAUUGCACCCGGCGUGUACGAGUAUCUCCAGAUGGAUCUCCAGUCAUUGCAUGUGAUCACCUCGGUGGAGACCCAGGGACGGUUUGGAAAUGGGCAGGGGCAGGAGUAUAUGGACAAAUACCUGUUAGAAUACAAGAGGGAGGAGGAUGGACCCUGGACGAGAUACAGGGAUGAAAAUGGCCCUAAGAUCUUCCGAGGCAACACAAACACUUACCUAGCCGAGCAAAGGGAGGUGGAUCCUCCAAUUAUAGCCAGGAAGAUCCGUUUUAUACCGUACAGCGACAAACCCAGCACUGUCUGUACAAGGGUGGAGCUCUACGGAUGCCCGUGGGAAGCAAACUGCCGCAGUCCUCUAGGAAUGCAGUCUGGCGCCAUUCCAGACUCUGCCAUCACAGCGAGUUCUUCAUUUGAAAUGGAGACUGUAGGUGCCAAAUUUGCCAGAAUUCGUACAGAAGAGAAAGGGGGAGCAUGGUGCCCACGUCAUCAGAUUGCACCCAAUGUGUACGAGUAUCUCCAGAUUGAUCUCCAGUCAUUGCAUGUGAUCACAUCGGUGGAGACCCAGGGACGGUUUGGAAAUGGGCAGGGGCAGGAGUAUAUGGACAAAUACCUGUUAGAAUACAAGAGGGAGGAGGAUGAACCCUGGACAAAGUACAGGGAUGAAAAGGGGCCCAAGAUCUUCCAGGGCAAUACAAACACUUACCUAGCCGAGCAAAGGGAGGUGGAUCCUCCAAUUAUAGCCAGGAAGAUCCGUUUUGUACCGUACAGCGACAAACCCAGCACUGUCUGUACAAGGGUGGAGCUCUAUGGAUGCCC